AUGGAAACCGGAUACAUCGUGCCUUCUGGAACCUUUGCGACAACAAUCGAUCGAUUUGCAAUCGGCGGCUUGGCUUCUACAGUCUGUCUUCACGUGGGCUGGCAUCCAGAUGCUGUGUGGGCACUCCCACAACCCUGUCCAACUCACCCGUCUAGACAACGACGCCUCACUUUUGGCCAGUCGACUUUCGUGACGACACUGGCUGGUGUUCUUCUUGAGCUUCUCAGCAUGUGCAGUGGAGGUUUUCGUCGGAGACUGUUGAUAGGCGUCUGCUGUCUGCGCACCCACGACCUUGCUGUCCAACGUCGAUGCCAAUCAGCCAGUCUAGACGACGACGACGACGGCGACAUCUCUGCCACGUCGUCUCUUUGGUGGCUAGUCUACCUUCGUGAUGAGACAUGCCAUGUUCGUUGGUCACUUCUCUUCACGAUUCACACGUUUCUCGAUGCACAGAUCUCGCUUUCCGCACUGUUUAAGGCACCAAGCUGA